ACCUUCCAUUCCCGGGAGUGGUUUUCUCCUUAGUUUCAAAACAAUGUGUGAAACCCUGCUCUGCAGAAACAGUAGCCUCAGUAAGUUUAAGGAUGACUGAAGCUAUUUCCUCUCCUAGGGAGGUUUAAAAACUACGGAGGGAUGAAUGGGGUUAGACCUAUCGCUGCGUUUCUCGCAGCCAUCCUAUUACAGCGCUGAAUAAAAGCAGGAAUGGCAUGUCUAGCCUAGGUUAAGAAACCCUACUGAGAGCAUGCCUUAAAAGCACCACAAAACAGCCUUAAGUCAGCUUGAGAUAACUAAUUUCAAGCAUGGCUGUCUAGUGUGCUUGUCAUUCCUAUUGUUCUUUCAAACUCUUUCAGACAUUUUGAGCAGGGAGUACUAAGCUAUGAGUUAGCAGAGGUUGUGACUUUAAUGGUCCAAAAAGGUUUAAGCACCAGGAGGGAACGAUGACAGCGCUUAACAACUGGUGGCAGUUUGGAGGAUUCCGCUGGAUCUCUGUUUAUUAAUAAUUAGGCUUCGCCUCGGAGGAAGAUGUGACAGCUAUCGGAGGUCCUUCCAUCGUCCCACUACAGCGAGCAAAGCCAACACUGGGCAACCCUCUAAAAUGUUUAUUUGGACCAGUGGCCGGAGCUCUACAUCUUACAGACAUGAUGAGAAAAGAAAUAUUUACCAAAAAAUCAGGGAUCACGAUCUACUGGACAAAAGGAAAACAGUCACAGCCCUAAAAGCCGGAGAAGACCGGGCCAUACUCCUCGGGCUGGCCAUGAUGGUGUGCUCUAUCAUGAUGUACUUCCUCCUGGGAAUCACCCUGCUGCGGUCUUACAUGCAAAGUGUCUGGACAGAAGAGGCUCAGUGCUCGCUCCUCAACGCAUCCAUCACAGAAACCUUCAACUGCUCAUUUAGCUGCGGUCCAGACUGCUGGAAAAUCUCUCAGUACCCCUGCCUCCAGGUGUACGUUAAUCUCACCUCUUCUGGCCAGAAGCUUCUGCUCUACCACACCGAGGAAACGAUGAAAAUUAAUUCUGAGUGUUCGUACAUACCCAAGUGCGGCAAGAAUUAUGAGGAGUCCAUGUCGCUGGUGAACGUCGUGAUGGAAAACUUCAGAAAGUACCAACGCUUCUCCUGCUUCUACGACCCCGAAGGCGUUCAGAAGAACGUGAUAUUAACCAAACUGUACAGCUCCAACGUGCUGUUCCACUCGCUCUUCUGGCCCACCUGCAUGAUGAUCGGCGGGGUCGCCAUCGUCGCCAUGGUAAAGCUGACUCAAUAUCUUUCCCUCCUCUGUGAGAGACUCCAAAGGAUCAACAGAUAAAAAACAAAAACUUCUCUGAGAUUCAAUUACAGCGAAAAUACUGUUUUCUCAUUCUUCACCAAAGAACCUUAAGUUUGUAACGUGCAAGUCUGUUAUAAGU